GCUUCGGAAAUAAAGGAAAUUUUCUCUCCGACUCGCACCUUCACACGCUGACAUGUGUGUUCUUGCCCGAUGCCCCGAUCCCCUUUCUCCUGUCCUUCUCCUCUCCGCUCACUCCAGAUUUGCUGCCACCGGAUGAGGCCCGGCUUGUAUCGCGCUGUGGGCACCCCCGCAACUCGAAUCACUGGUGCGACCACAGGGUCACUGGCGGCUGGUUUGGCUCCUCGUAUGCCUCCUCUAUUUCCUGGGCCAGUAAAUUGUGACAGAUGUGUAGCAGGGCCCGAGAAACCGCUGCGCAAGAAGGGAGGCGAGAUCGUCGAUCUGUACAUUGUCAUUAUUGUCGGCGUCCGUGCAGGUGAUGUGGGCGUGGAGCUCGUCUCCCGCAUCCAGCAUGGAAACAGCUUGAGUAUGAGGAUCCUGGCAACGUUGUUGUCCCCAAGCACGCAAGCCAGACGCCUCAUCGCUGUUCCCACUCGAGGCGGCCGAGUUGUGGUUAUCCUGGACAACAGCAGCAUUCUUCGACCUACAGACAGUACGCAUGCCCGGUGAUCCUCCUGAGGCUUGAGCCUACGUCCGGCUACUAUGGAACAUGGCAAGGUUUACACCUUGGCUUCAGAUUCGGUUCACGUGGAUGUACUUUGUAACCACUUUAUCCUUUCCCUUCCCUUUCUUUGGAAUAUAUGGAUUGAUUUGUCAUACAUCCAUGAUCCAAAAAUUGGAUGGGUGCUUACCUUCAAAAAAUUGAUCAGCACGACGAUACGUGAGUCAGAUAUGUCGGAUCAACUUGCACUUCAACCAAAGCCCACGACGAAGUUAGGCAUUCAUCUUCCCUUGAGAUCUGUACGCCUUUUACCCCGCUACCGAUCGUAGUGUAGAAGACGUCAACAACAGAGAGGAUGCAUCAGGGGAGAGGAGCUAUAUAUGGGUUGACGUUGAGGGUACAUGAUUAGCCCAAGGAGAGGCUUAAUCCAUCUCGCCGGCGACUUCAUCGCCCGGCUUGGCCGCAGCGAGAGCAUGGAGAUGAUAGAUUAGGUGUUAAGCGGGCGUGCUAUUUUCGCCCUAGGUGCUAGGCUGUUUUUUUAGAUCCAAUUUGUGGGUAUCUUCUUUUGUUAAUAUUUUUUUGGUUUUUAUAUAAAAUGUGUGGACUCCUUUUUUAAUGUGAGGAUGUGUAUGGACUCUUUUAUAGUAGGUGUGUGGACUCUUUUUAGCGUGAGGAGGUUUAUUUUCUUAACAUUUUUCAUAUGGAAUUGUUUACGAACAUCCAUCGGCUAAUAUUGACAGUUGUUUCCAAGGCUACCAGAUUAA